GAGUCCGUCAGUGUCCCGUCCGCCCAGCCAGGAAGGGGCCGCUCUCUCCCGCCACGGGUCGUCUCGCCUCCUCUAUCCCGUCCUGCUUUGCGGCGCAGGGGCAAGAUGGCUGCCGAGAAGCAGGUCCCGGGUGGCGGUAGCGGUGGCGGCGGCGGCGGCGGCGGGAGCAGCGGGAGCGGCGGCGGCGGGAGCGGCGGCGGACGCAGUGCCGGAGGAGACGAGAAUAAAGAAAACGAACGCCCUUCAGCCGGAUCGAAGGCAAACAAAGAGUUCGGGGAUAGCCUGAGUUUGGAGAUUCUUCAGAUUAUCAAGGAGUCCCAGCAGCAGCAUGGCUUACGGCAUGGAGACUUCCAGCGGUACAGGGGCUAUUGUUCUAGAAGACAAAGACGUCUCCGGAAAACACUCAACUUUAAGAUGGGGAACAGACACAAAUUCACCGGAAAGAAAGUAACUGAGGAGCUCCUGACUGAUAACAGGUACUUGCUGCUGGUUCUGAUGGAUGCAGAGAGAGCCUGGAGCUAUGCCAUGCAGCUCAAACAGGAAGCCAACACCGAGCCCCGAAAACGGUUUCACUUGCUGUCUCGCCUUCGCAAAGCUGUGAAGCAUGCCGAGGAACUGGAACGUUUGUGUGAGAGCAACCGUGUGGAUGCCAAAACCAAGCUAGAGGCUCAGGCCUACACAGCUUACCUCUCAGGAAUGUUGCGCUUUGAACAUCAAGAAUGGAAAGCUGCCAUUGAAGCUUUUAACAAAUGCAAAACUAUCUAUGAGAAGCUGGCUAGUGCGUUCACAGAGGAGCAGGCUGUGCUGUAUAACCAGCGUGUAGAAGAGAUCUCACCCAACAUCCGCUACUGUGCUUACAACAUUGGGGACCAGUCAGCUAUCAAUGAACUCAUGCAGAUGAGACUGAGGUCUGGGGGCACAGAGGGGCUCCUUGCUGAAAAACUGGAGGCCUUGAUCACUCAGACUCGAGCCAAGCAGGCGGCCACCAUGAGUGAGGUGGAGUGGAGGGGGAGGGCGGUCCCAGUGAAGAUUGACAAAGUGAGGAUCUUCUUACUCGGACUGGCCGACAAUGAAGCUGCCAUUGUCCAGGCUGAAAGUGAAGAAACAAAGGAGCGUCUGUUCGAGUCCAUGCUCAGUGAGUGCCGAGAUGCCCUCCAGGCCGUGAGGGAGGAGCUCAAGCCUGAUCAGAAACAGAGAGAUUAUACCCUCGAUGGAGAGUCGGGGAAAGUAUCUAAUCUCCAGUACCUGCACAGCUACCUGACCUACAUCAAGCUCUCCACAGCCAUCAGGCGCAAUGAGAACAUGGCGAAGGGCCUGCACAGGGCUCUGCUGCAGCAGCAGCCAGACGAUGACAGCAAACGCUCUCCCAGGCCUCAGGACCUCAUCCGGCUCUAUGACAUCAUUCUGCAGAAUCUGCUAGAAUUGCUGCAGCUUCCUGGCUUAGAAGAGGACAGAACCUUCCAGAAGGAGAUAGGCCUCAAGACCCUGGUGUUCAAAGCUUACAGGUGCUUUUUCAUUGCCCAGUCCUACGUGCUGGUGAAGAAGUGGAGCGAAGCCCUCGUCCUGUAUGACAGAGUUCUGAAAUACGCAAAUGAAGUUAGUUCCGAUGGGGGCGCCUUCAAGAACAGCCUGAAGGACCUGCCUGAUGUGCAAGAGCUCAUCACGCAAGUGCGCUCAGAGAAGUGCUCCCUGCAGGCUGCAGCCAUCCUGGAUGCAAACGACUCCCAUCAAACAGAGCCCUCCUCUCAAGUCAAAGACAAUAAGCCUCUGGUGGAACGGUUUGAGACCUUUUGCCUGGACCCUUCCCUUGUCACCAAGCAAGCCAGCCUGGUGCACUUCCCGCCAGGCUUCCAGCCCAUCCCUUGCAAGCCCCUCUUCUUUGACCUGGCCCUCAACCACGUGGCCUUCCCGCCCCUGGAGGACAAGCUGGAACAGAAGACCAAGAGCGGACUCACAGGAUACAUCAAGGGCAUCUUUGGAUUCAGGAGCUAACCAGGCUUUUCGUCAGGGGCGGAGGUCCUGACUUACUCUGUAGUGUGAGACAAACCCAGCGAGUUCCAUGGCAUUAAAUCCAGGUCUCCAAUGGCCGGGGGCAGGCAGAGCUCAGCACCCUCAGCCCUGCGUCCCUCAUCUUGUGUGUCCAUGACUUACUUUCAUGACCUAUCAUCCUCUGGGCCCAGAGUCGGGGUCUCUCUGCCCCCUGUGCCUCCUGGGGACCGCUGCGGUCCUGGCCCUUAUAAGCCAUGGCUGAUCGCUUUUGUCCAAUAAUGUGUUUGGGGGUUCCACACACAUUAUUGGGAGGGGUUAGGGAGUGUUUGUCAUGUGUCCUCGGUCCCAUGGAUUUGAAAUGAACUCCUCCUUUCUGUGAGCAUCCAGAAUCACCUCCAGUUUGUCAGUGACUGAAACGAGGGUAGUGUCCCCCAGAGUCAUGGUCAGCCUUACCCCUCCUCCAAGAACAAGCAGAGCGCUCUAUUUUUAACUAUGUUACACUCGGAAACAAUGAAACCAAAUCUUUAUUAAAAGGCAAAGAUGAUGGAGACUGUGCCCAUUCUUUACAUGUCUUCCCUCACUCCCAUCCAGCCCUAGGGGACCUGGUGGAGCGACCAGGGGAGCAAGUGCAUCCUGCCUUGCUGGUGGCCUGGGGUGGCUGGCACGGUUUGUGUGGGAUGCACUGCUCUCAGAGUCCCCACCUGUAUGUUUGGAUGCCAUCACAAUUUUGUCGCUUUCUUCCCUUCUCACCCUGUGGCUGUUUUCUUUGGACAUACUUUCCUCUCUUUAGUUUCUGUUACAGCAUCAGUAAUGGACAUCACAACAAGCAAUGUGAGAAAGAAUAAACCUGAAAUGCACCACUA